AUGAUCAACAAGACAGCUGUUUCGUUGAUGAUUGCCAUACUACUGAUUGCAAUCUUGUGUUGUUGUAGUAGUGCAACCUUCGUUCAAGCAACAAGUGCUGCUGAGGCUGCCACUCCACCAACCAGCAGUAGCAGCACCUCAUCGGAUCAUCAUCAUCAUGAAGAUGAAUCUUCUGAACAAACCACCAUCUCUGCCGAUCUCUCAUUGAAGGAUGAUAUUCUUCAACAGCAAAAUAAUUCUGGAGCCAGUUCAAACACUUCAUCUUCCGAUGAAACUCUUAGCAAUGGAAAGACUAAAAACAAAUCAAAACGAACCAUCCAAAUUACCAUUCCAAAGGAUUAUGAAAAGUUUGUUCUUAAACCAAGAGUGAUUGGAGAAGAACAAAAGAUUAGAAUUUACAAUGCUCAAAACACAACCUUUUAUCAGAGAAAAUUGAAGAACCCAGUGUUAAAGAUGUGGAUUCUCAUUGUUGGAAGAAAAAUGAAGAAUGAUUUACCAUAUUAUACCUAUUCUGCAAAACGUUUCUUUGAGACUGCUUGGAGAAGAAAUAUUCAAGUCGAGUUGAUGGAAAUUCAAAAGUUUGACAUGAUGGUAGCUCAUGAUGGAUCAAAUUCUAUCAUGUAUGAUGGAGAGGUCAUUCCAAGAGAAGAAUUCCCUGAUGCUGUCUUGCCAAGACUAGGAGCACAUAUUGAUUAUUGGGGUUUGGCUGUGGUGAGACAAUUAGAAAAGUUAGACAUUUUAGUUUUGAAUGGUUUUGAGUCACUUGAAAUGACACGUGAUAAACUUCAAACACUUCAACAAUUAGCAAAGGACCAAAUCGCCAUUCCAAAGACCAUGAUUGCUCGAUUCCCAAUUGACACCUCAAUCAUUUCACGCCACUUUUCUUUUCCAAUCAUUUUGAAAAAGUCUUCUGGAUCGCAAGGAAAGGGAGUACUUCUCGUUCAAAGUGAGGAUCAAAUUAAGGGUCUUGGAGACAUGUUAGAUACCACAAAGCCAAUGAUUAUUCAAGAAUUUAUUGCUGCCAGUAAGGGACGAGAUAUUCGAGCUAUUGUAUUAGGUGGUAAAGUCAUUGGUGCCAUGAUGCGUGUUGCCAAAUCAGGCUUCAAAUCCAAUUUCCAUCAAGGAGGUUAUGUCAAGCCAGUCAAAUUGUCCAACUUGUUAGAAUGGUUGGCCAUUAGUGCUGCACAAAGUGUUGAAUUGGACUUUGCAGGUGUUGAUAUUUUGAUUGAUCGUGAUACCUACAAGAUUUGUGAAAUUAAUUCUUCACCUGGUUUUGAAGGUUUUGAAUUGGCUACUGGUGUCAACGUACCUGAUCAAUUAUUCAACUAUGUAGAAUUGAAGACCAGUAUUUGGCGUAAAUUAGACAAGAAGAAGAAGAAGAAGAAACCAGUUCUCAUUCCAGUUGAAGCAGAGCAUGUUGUUGCUUCCAAACCAGAACAAAAACAAGACAUUCAAAUUGACCUCAAUGGCCAACAAUUGUAA